AUGAAGCUACCCCCGAUCGCUGUAGCUUGUCUCUCCGCCCUCGCUAUAGACUCGUGCAGCAACAUUAUUGCACAACGCCUCAAAGCAUGGAACGAAUCAAAGCCAUUCGUCUUCGACCGUGUUCUCUUCACCCAGUUCGCCAUCAUGGUCGUACUCACCGCACCCAUCAACUACCAUUGGCAGAAUUGGCUCGAACGCGCAUUUCCGGGCUGGAAGACGGUUAGGCAGACUAGGGCUGUAGGGGAAGGUGAAGAGGAGAAGGGCAUAAUGCUGAGAGAGGAUGGGGAUGGAAAAAGCAUAGUGGAAGAAGAGGUCAGAGUAAGGAAUUGGUGGAAUAUCUUUAGGAAAUGGUUCACAGACUGUAUUACCAUGGGCGCCCUGCUGAAUCAGUCCAUGUUCUUGAUCUUGAUCGGUCUCAUGAAGGGCAAGACUGUGGCAUUGAUUGUACAAGACUUCAGAAAUGAGCUUUUUGGUCUCAUCUUCGAUUCAUACAAAGUCUGGCCGAUUGCCAACUUCUUCAGCACGACCUUUGUCCCCGUCGAGCGCCGCAUUGUCUUCCUCAGUUUCUGUGGUCUGUUAUGGAACAUUUACCUCUCGCUGGUGGCAGCUAGAUUAUAG